AUGUCUGACCGGCGGCGAAUUAAUGGGCCAGGGGGUCCGACCAAUCCACCUGUCUAUGAUGAAGACUUCAUCAUUGAACCAGUUCGCACUAGGAACAUCAAUGAGAUCAGACCAUUUUACCUGAAGACUGGUGUGACACCCUCAGCAUCGGGCUCAGCCUACUUGGAAAUAGAUCAAAACUCUGGAAGUGGAUUUGGCAUGAAGUUUACAUGCACCGUGCAUGGACCUCGAUCCCUUCCUCGAUCAGCACCUUUCUCGCCGCAUAUGGUUAUAUCAACACAUGUCAAGUAUGCACCUUUUGCUACACGGCAGCGCAAAGGCUAUCUCAGAGAUCCCAGUGAGCGGGACUUGAGUAUCCAUUUGGAGACUGCCUUGCGCGGAGCCGUUAUUGCGGACCGCUGGCCAAAAAGUGGUGUUGAGGUGAUUGUAACUAUUGUGGAAGGCGACAUGAACCGCCAGACAACUGUUGAUGAAGGUCUUGAAGAGUGGAACACCAUGUCAAUACUAGGCGGAUGCAUCACUGUUGCUUCUGCUGCAAUUGCUGAUUCUGGAAUCGACUGCGUUGAUGUCGCCGCCGGGGGAGUAGCUGCACUUGUAAUGGACGACGGCGUCGAGAAAGAGCAAGAAUUAGUCUCGGACCCCGUUUUUUCCGAGCACAAGACUAUUCUAGCUGCCUGUUGUGUGGCAUAUUUGCCAGUUCGAAACGAAAUUACGAAUCUCUGGUACAAGGGAUCUAUGUGCGCUUCUGAGCUUGCGACAUAUCGGUCCCUGUUUUGUGAACACCAGGGACGAGAUUUGGGCGAGAUCCCCCGGUACCACUCAGUGGCUAUUGGACGUGCCAUGGACCAACAGCCUCACACUACAAAUGACUUUGCUUCUCACAUUGGCCAACCUUUCACGAAUCUCCAGACCGCUGCUGGUUCAAGUUGGCACAACAUCACCGCCUGGGCCAUCAACGUGACGCGAAAUGCGGCGUUUCUAGAAGAUCUUUUCUGGGCUGGUCCGCGGAUUUUCAUGAAACUUGGAUCCUACAUAGCCUUGUCAAACACUGCUGAUGGUUCAUCGAGACAGCUGACAUCGCCAUCAACUGGCGCCAUAUCCUCAGACCUGCACUUGCACAACUUGCUGGAACCUGAUAUUGGUUCCCCAUCAGCAGCGAAGAUUGGUCCCUCCAUUGGAGAUACAAAUGCAGAUACGCAAGCUACACGUCUGUCUCUUGAUAGCGCGCGGGGCCUGGGUAGCGUAUUUGGUUACAUCACCAGCAAGUGGGCCGUGUCCACUAUCGCCAUGGCUAUAAUCCUCAAUCGUACGCACAUAUUUGCAGCUACCAGGAGGCGAUUGCAGUUCUAUUGGCAUACUAGGCUGCUUCUCAGGAUUCUGCCAAUCCUCCUUCUUUCUUGGCAAUCGCUUCAUCUUCUGCGGUCCAUUCAAUGCCAAACAUCACCAAUGUUCAAUCAACUGCGGUGGGGGAAUACAGACAAAACGGCCGACUUGGCGUUUGCACAUCCGAGUGCAUUCCUCAAUGUGUUGAGCUCUAGCAUACUUCUUGGCGUCAGUGAUAAAGAAUCCUGUGAGGCGGCUGGCAUGGUCCCCAAGGCCGGUUUCCAAGAUGCCCCAAACCUUCACGGAUCUUUGAAUCUGCUAUGGCCCCUAUUUGGUGUCCUGUGUCUAAGUCACUUUAUUGAGACGCUAUCAUGUGCUGUUCAAGGUCGUCCGCUAUCAGCGGAAACUGGAAUGACGCUGUUUGAGCAAUCACUCGCCUUUGCAGAGGCAGAUGCGGCGGUCAAUAAUCAGCUUGGCUGGGGUUCAUCGCCUCGGAGCCAUCAGAAUCCCAACCAGCUAGUGUCUGGUUUAUCAGCAUCAACUUCCCUGACGCGGUCCGCGCUUCUCAGCCAGGUGAACACAACUCCCGAGGUCUUAUUCAUUGCCUUUCUCUCGUCCAUGACCCAUCUAUCCAGUCACAUUUUAGGAGUAUUUGAUUCGCAAUCAAAAUACAGACUGGCAAAUACAGGGUUUUGGGGCCUAUGCUUCAUGGGCACAAUCGUCUGGAGCGCCUUUGAAUUUGAACUAGGAAAUCCUUCGGCACAAAGCAUAUUAAGGUUUCCAACUGUGUGCAUCAUUGGAUUUGUUCCUCAUAUUCUAGUACUGUCAGGCAUUGCGGUCUGCUUGCUAAUAUACGGACUAGCCCUCGUCCUGUCUGCUCUAGCUCCACCGUUGUCUACCAGUGACCGUUCUUCAGCGUCCCUACGUCAAAGAUUAGCACAGGCCCAUGAAAACAUGCAAGCAAACAUCUCUCUCUCCGAGAUUCGCAUAACGAGAGAAAUGGAUUUCUAUACAGCGCUUCUUCGGACCGGGUUUGCUGCCAUCAGCUUGGCGAGUGAAGCUGUUUAUCUCAAUGAGGACCGUGGUAUCACUCUUCAACACCGCACAUGGCUAGAAGAAGCGCGAUUCCGGGAGGUAGCGGAGCUGCAAAGGCAGGCAGUGGGAAUCGGAAUGUCUAAUUCUCACUUUGAUCAGAUUGGCACCAUAGGUCUCGUUCCAGUAAAAGACUGUACCAUGGCUGCGACAAGCGGAUUCGCCAGAGAACGCGCCGCUCAGAGAAUAUCUAGAGGGCGAAGUGAUAGGACCAUUCGGACAGGCACUGGGGCGACUGAAAGAAGUUCAAGGUGGUUCAUGGCAGUGGAAUUUUUGCUGACCACUAGCAAGUUGAUAAUCCGCACAACUGCCCUAACGGCACUUUGGGGAUUGGGAAGGAUUCGAGUAAGAAGCCAACCGGCUUGGCUCCUUUGGCUGGCGCGACGCCAGAAGCUUAGCACGGGUGACAGGGAUCGGGUGUCCCAAAGGGGGCACGACAUCAGUUCGGGUGCUUCCGGACGUUUGGUCACCAGUGAAAGAUCCGUUCCUCGAAUGGAAGGCAUUGAUGUCGAGGCUGAAUUCAGGCGGGUCAAUGCGUUUCAGGAUGAAGACAGCCUCGACGCAGACUUGUACAAAUAUUGGUUAAAUGGAGGUUGGUGGGGAGCAAAUGAUGAAAGUGGUGAAUACAAGCCCGAAGAUGAUGACAGCUGGGACACAACCUCCGCCAUAUCGGUGCCGACAACGACAGUCGAUGAAGAAGGAUCAGACAACGGCUGCGAAUUGGAAGAACAUGACCCAGAAUUACCCUCAGGUCAAUCCCCGACACGAGGAUUGGAAACUACGCCGCCUGUGGAUGCAAUCCUAGACGCAAGUAACCUAGCACGACUCUUAAGUCCAGAGACCACGGAAGAACAAGAAGAAGCGCACACACUUUCUGCACACCUGCAGUACGAUACAGUAAUGACGAGGUCAAUGUUUAGGCGCCAGAAGCAUCUUCGGCGGAACCGUGUCCUUCUACUGCCCGGAAUGACUGCUAACGGUGGUUACAACCGUACGGGUAGUCGCAAUAUGAAAUUGAGCCCCGAAGAUGAGGAACAUCUCUUGGAGCAAGUUCUCCUCUCACGUCGCAACCAAAAUAAAUUGAACUCCCACGACACCGACACAGUUCAGAGCACUGAUUCUGCAACUGAGGAAGCAGCCAAUUUGCCGAUAGCCGUACAGCUCCAAACGCAACUAUUGGUCACGGGUUAUCAAUGUAUGGUGUAG